UAAUAUUUGUGUAAAAAAAAAACAAAAAACUUUAUCAUGGAUUUAAGUUAUAUAUUUAUCGUCUGCCUGCUGGCGCUAUGCAGCGCCGACGCCGAAAGCAAACAGAAGUCGGGCAGAGGCCGAGGCUCCAUGUGGUGGGGCAUCGCCAAGGUCGGCGAACCCAACAACAUUUCACCCAUCAGCACGGGCAUCAUGUAUAUGGAUCCCGCCAUACACUCGACGCUGCGCCGCAAGCAGCGACGCCUGGUCCGCGAUAAUCCCGGCGUGCUCGGCGCCCUGGUAAAGGGCGCCAACAUGGCCAUCAGCGAAUGCCAGCACCAGUUCCGCAAUCGUCGCUGGAACUGCUCCACGCGCAACUUUCUGCGCGGCAAGAAUCUGUUUGGCAAAAUCGUCGAUCGAGGCUGCCGCGAGACGGGCUUCAUCUAUGCUAUCACCAGCGCGGCUGUGACCCAUUCGAUAGCCAGGGCCUGCAGCGAGGGCACCAUCGAGUCCUGCACCUGCGACUACAGCCACCAGACGCGUUCACCGCAGGCCAAUCAUCAGGCUGGCAGCGUGGCCGGCGUUCGGGAUUGGGAGUGGGGCGGCUGCUCCGACAACAUUGGCUUCGGCUUCAAGUUCUCGCGCGAGUUCGUGGACACCGGCGAGCGAGGACGCAAUCUGCGCGAGAAGAUGAAUCUGCACAACAACGAGGCGGGCCGUGCGCACGUUCAAGCGGAGAUGCGUCAGGAGUGCAAAUGCCACGGCAUGUCCGGCUCGUGUACGGUAAAAACCUGCUGGAUGCGUCUGGCCAAUUUCCGUGUCAUAGGCGACAAUCUGAAGGCGCGCUUCGAUGGCGCCACACGCGUCCAGGUCAGCAACAGCCUGCGCCAGAGCAGCAAUGCCGUCGCCGUCGUUAGCCCCAAUGCGGCGGGCUCCAAUAGCGUUGUGGGUGGCGUCUCCGGCGGCGGCAAUGGGCUGCCAGCCUCGGUCAGCGGCUACGACGACGAGGAGCGCAUGCUCAACGAUCACAUGCCCGAGCUGCUGCUGGACAACAGCCAUCCGAAUGGCAAACAGCAUCAUCCCAAUAUGCCAUCGCCCAACAGUCUGCCGGUGGCGGGCGCAAGAGCACGCGGACAUGGACGCGGUCGCCAGGGACGCAAACACAAUAGAUAUCACUUCCAGCUAAAUCCACACAAUCCGGAACACAAGCCGCCAGGUCCGAAGGACAUUGUCUAUUUGGAGCCGUCGCCCAGUUUCUGUGAGAAGAAUCUGAGGCAGGGCAUUUUGGGCACACACGGUCGGCAGUGCAACGACACCUCGCUGGGCGUCGAUGGUUGCGAUCUGAUGUGCUGUGGGCGUGGCUAUCGCACACAGGAGGUCGUCGUUGUCGAGCGCUGCGCGUGCACCUUCCACUGGUGCUGCGAGGUCAAGUGCAAGCUCUGUCGAACCAAGAAGAUCAUACACACGUGUCUGUAAGGGCCACCCAAUCCCCCGUAUCUUGAUAGCCUGUCUAACGCCCCAAACUAGCCUGUCCCCGACUCCCUCUCCCCCUCCCCAGCUCCCACUUUGUGUAUGUGUUAUGUAUUGUCUACGCUUAGCCUUUGUUAUUAGAAGUUAAGAGCCUAGACUAAAGCCUAGUUAAAGUCCAUGACCCGCCCCCAAAUCUUAGCUUUCACAACAGCCUACUCUGACUUUUUAGCAGUAUUACAUACGAUAACAUAUAUAUGUCUAUCUAUAUAUAUAUAUAGCAAGGACACGACAAGAGGAAAGUGCACAACUUCGUUUUGCCCAGUUUUUAGUUCUAUAAGCAAUACGCAACCCUAGCAGCAAAUUUUUUUUUUUGUAAAUUACGUUUGCUGUUUUGUAGGCCCCGAUAUGAGUAUAUAGUAUGUACAUAAGUUUAGUCGUAGCUUAGACAUCGUUUUUUACAAUUUUUAAAGCGCGUUUAAACCCUCCCCCCUUCCACCUUCUCUAGCCCCUCUACCAUUUCCGUUCCAACGAAAAAAUUGUACGAAAUCAUUGAAAACAAGACUGAAAUUCAAUUGCGCGCACCUGAAACUCUCCCUCUCUCUCUCUCUCUCUCUCUCUCUCCUUCUCUCUC